GACGUUUAGAUUUUCUUUUAGGUACUAUUAGACAGUAGUUUGUACGAAGAAAUUUGUGACGAAGUGUUUACAGUUUAAAUUUUAUUUUCAUUACAUUUAGAAAUAUGGCUGCAGAAAUUAAGCCUGCUCCAAGAACACCUAAUGAUAGGUUUUCUACAACAAAAAAACCAGCUCUACUUAGCAAAUUAGAAGGUUGUACUGACGAUGUUAACGCUGCUGUUGUGAUACCUGGUGAGGACGGAGUAAUUAGCGUUUGCGAUGAUAAGACUGUACGAGUAUGGUUGAAAAGGGACUCUGGCCAAUAUUGGCCAAGUAUAUGUCAGUAUAUGCCAUCUGGAUGUACUUCAAUGUUUUAUACUCCAGAGACAAGACAACUUUUCAUAGGGCAAGAAAAUGGUACCAUUUCAGAGUUCACAUUGGCCUCUGACUGUAAUAGAAUAAAUCCUACACGGGAAUAUCUAGCACAUACGGCUCGUGUGACUGCUGUAGUCUUUUCAUUGAGCUGUGAAUGGGUCUUAUCUGUAAGUAGGGACAAAAUGUUCUCUUACCACUGUAGUGAAACAGGAAGAAGAAUCGGUGGUUACUCCUUUGAAGCAUGGUGUACAGCCUUACAAUUUGAUUCCCAAUCAAAAUAUGCAUUUGUUGGAGACUAUAGUGGACAAAUUACUAUGCUUAAAUUAGACAAUAACGGAGCAACAUUAGUCACAACAUUAAAAGGGCAUACUGGUUCCGUUAGAGUGUUGAAUUGGGCGGCAAUACCACAACUCCUGUUUAGUGGUUCGUUUGAUCAAACAGUAAUUGUAUGGGAUAUAGGAGGUCAAAAGGGAACUGCUUAUGAACUUCAAGGGCACAGCAACAAGGUGACAGGGCUAUGGUAUGUUGGAGGUUGUCAGAGGCUCCUCUCAAGUGGGGAGGAUGGGGCGUUGGGCGUUUGGGAAAUGGGCGUUCCUCGUAAGGAAACACCGGCGUGGCGUGAAAGUGAUAUUUGUCAGCUAUGCCGAGCACCCUUCAUAUGGAAUGUUAGGGCUAUGAUGGAGAAGAAGCAGCUUGGUCUUCGUCAACAUCACUGUCGUUGGUGUGGGGCGGCAGUUUGUGGGGCGUGUUCCCCUCACCGUUUGCCGUUACCCAUUAUGGGCUUUGAGUUCCCGCAGCGCGUCUGCACUGGCUGUUAUGACACUCUUCGACAUGAGCCCCGCGAAUCCCUUGCGUCAUUUCAUGAUAUGAAGCACGCGGUGGCGUCCCUCUACAUGGACGAAGCCACGGGACGAAUGUGCACAGCUGGCAAGGAUAGGGUUAUAAAGGUUUGGGAUAUUAGCGUGCUGGUAGCGCCUGCUCCGAAGCCCGGAACGAGCGACCAAUAACCAUUACAACCGGGAUUUUAAAACGGUAACACUACGAAUAUACAAACCAUAGACGUGUCAAACUGUCAGAUGUUAACUGUCUAAAGGUUGUCCUGUGCUUAUUUUUAACUUACUACGCAAGAAAUAACAAUGUUUUAAUUUUUAUCUGAUACGAUUGUGUGUGGAUGAUCCACUUUGUUUUCAAAUAAUUUCUGCUACGUCUUGUGUUAUAUAUUAAGAAAAUGUAAAACAGAGUAAUCCUUUACUGUACUCUUUUGUCUAUUACUGUCAAAUUCUGUUAAUACUGUAAUGAAUACAAUAGUACCUUAAUUAAAACGGUAUUUAAUUUUGGAUACUACUUAUAAUAAUUAGACCACGUUUUUUGCUGAUUGGAUUCGGUUCGAUAUAUAUUUUAUUGAAAUGAGUUCCAUAUCCCGACGUAUCGAACGCUUUCCAUAUUUUUCAACACGAAAAUAUUGAUGGUAUGCUUCUUUGCCUACGCAUUACCAAAAUGCGAAAGGUCAUUUCAAGGUCAGACAUAAUGGCCAUAGUUUUAGAGCAUGUGUCAAUACAUUAUUAGUCACGUAUCAGAUAGUUAAUAUAUAUUUGUUGAAUGUUUGAAAUUUGAUAAAAUCUGUCCAAAAUUUCGUGGGUAUUUUCAACAGUGGAAAUUAUUUUCGUUGGAUUUUUGUUAAAACUCCGCUGUUAUCGCUUGUAUAUUAAUCAAUCUUUAUAUGUACGUGCAGUACGCUUGCGGUGCCCACACGUAUAAAUCUACCCUCAUUUGUCUAUGUGGGUACCCACAGAACUGUGUAAAUUACAUGUGUGUAAAUAAGGUAUGUAGAACGUAUUGUCCCGGUUUCUAUAAAGUAAUACGAUUGAUAAAUGCCAGAGAGAGGUUCUUAUAGUUAGUACGUGGAUCAACGAAUAUUUUCAUUGUCUAUGUAAGACUGAAUCUUUCAGGAUCUUAGCCAAGUUCACUCUUUAAUGGUCCCUUUAAACCAUAAACAACUAGAAGAACGUUUCGGAAUUGCUUUGUUAGAACUUUGAUUAGUUAAAGUUUAGCGGGACUGUUAAAAAGUUGGUGAACUUCGUUAAGUCUUGCUCUAGCUUUGUUUAAUAUAUUUUUGUAGGUUAUCUAAAGAACUUUUAUUUUCCAAAAUUAUUUACGAAUUUCAUUACUUCAAUCUAUUCUUAAAUUGUUAGAAGGAACGAGAUUGAGUUUGUUGUUCACGGUGCAUCGUUUGUGAUAUUGAUAUUGUAUGGUUUUUAUGCUUUCUACGCGGACGAUGCCGCGGGUUUAAGUAUUGUACUUAGAUGAUUUGUAGAGUUUAUAAAAAUUAUAAUGAAUACUAUUUAUAAAAUUUGCUGUUUAAAUAUAUUUAUAUGUAUUAUAUUUAGAAAAUACAGACUGUUUCAUGUAUCUUAAAAAUAGAAAUCAUACAAAUAAAAUUAAAAACUAUAAUCAAUAUUGAAGAAAAUCUGAAACAUCCUGUAUAAUUGUUAUUUCUUGCAGCUCUGUAAUUUGUUAUUUAAUGUGAAAGCGAAAGACGAUUUCUUAUUUAUUAAUUCGGAUUCCCUUAAAGCUGUUUAAAACGUCAUGUAUUGUAUUUUACAUCAUAUUUACUUCUCUAAAAUAACUUUCAAAUAUUAUACAUCAAGUUUCAGACCUGUAUUCAAAAAGGUCUCAAGUCCUAAUUUUGUCUUGAGCGCUGUCAAUAAAAUACAGAUUUAACUCCGUCCGACGAAUCUAAUAUUCUGACUUGAUUUAUUUAUGUGUAUAAUAUAUUAAUUAUGUAAGUAUAUAACAGGUGGUAAGUGAGACCGUAAAUCCUAUAUACUGAAAGCGGUGUACUGAAAUUUUAAUUUAUUUAACAAAAUUUAAAUAGUUUUCUAUUGAAAACAGUAAUGUAAUGAUCUAUAUUGGGUGUUUAAUUUACUCCCUAUUAAAUUAUUUUAACGUAAAAUUUGUUCCAUUUGACACACAUUGGAGGGGUUGCUAUAAAAAUAAAAGUGAAUGUUUCAACUUUAGGCCGUUAAACGUCACAAUAUAUUUGGGAGCUGGCAAACCUAUUCGAAAUUUGACAUUUGACAGUGUUCAAGCGAAGAUAGACUUGACAUAUGAACAAUGUGGUUUUUGGAAGUUUUUUUUAGGAGUUUAAACAAAAUAUUAACUAUCUUGUAAAGUAAGCAAGUAUUUUGUGAAAGAACAAUUUUUUAAGCGGUGAUUUCGUUUUUUUUUAAAUGCUGUUUUAAGUUUUAAAUACUGCGUUCCUGUAAUGCAUCGUAACAUUUUACAAAACCCCCACCACCCUCCAAAUAGAAAACGGUUUUUGGAGACGAAAUCCUAUGUUCUGUAACUCCAUAGUGAUUUCUAUGUAGUAUUUGUAGUAAUUUUUUAAUUGCUUAAAACAAGUUAAAACAGAGUACCGGGACUGGAUAUGCGGUGGUACAAGGGGCAAAAGGGCAACAGAUUCGUCCGAUGUUUACUGAUACGGAGAAUGCCGGAAUGAAUAAUUCGUAUUCUUAUUUAAUAUAAUCAAAUAUUCAAUAUUUGUAUGUGUCCUUUAAAAUGAACCUCUAUAUAUACCUCACAAUGUGAAAGACAAUACAUAAGUACUGUCGUAAGUCUUUUUAAGCUGGAUUGCCGUUAAACAACUUCUAUGUUUAUAAAGGUAAAAGAAUGCAAAUAUUUUUUAGUUAUUUCUAAAAAAUGUUUUUGACAAAAAUUAAAAUAAAUUCACAAUUCUGAGAAAUUGGUUAUGAGCGUUAUCAUUAUGAUAUAUUGUUAUUCGAUACAUACACAAUAUUGCGAUUUUUAAUACAAAUGUUAUGGAAAGGUGGCGUUCAUGUAUUACGUAAGCACCAUAGGGGAUUAUGAUUUUCUUAUUUGGUGAUUAUUUCAACAGCAAUUAUUUACUUUUUACAAAUUACCCCCUAAUAUUUAUAUUAUAAAGAAGCUUAUUUUUAAUAAGAAAUAAUAUAGAUUUUUGUAAAUCAUUUAGCCAAUAUAUAGUUUCUGGAAAAUGCUUAUUUUGUACUUUGGGCUUGGACUUGCGGUUGUUCUAAAUAGACGUAGAAAUGUUUAUGCCCCAUACCCCAAUUUUUUAACGGCAAUCUAAUUAUUCCUUUUUAGUCAACAUUUUCUAGUAUUUAUGGAUUUGGUAUUUUUAGAUCUCUUAUGAUUAAUUUAACUUAAUGGUAGAAAUUAAACACAAGUUGUUCCCAUUCGUUAUUGUACAAAAUUUAAAAAAAUAAACUAAAAUAAAUUAAUAAGCUUAAUGAUAACAUAAUUCUGUAUCAACAUUUCAAAUCUUAAGUAAUAAAACUAUACAAUUGUUUACGUAUUGAAAGAUUUUUUAAAGUAACCCAAAAGGCAGUUAAAUUGCCAGUUUAUUUAACAAGUUAUGUCUUCGUUACUCUUGUGACACUAAAACGUGACAAAACAAUCUUUUUUUUAAAUUAAUUUGUUAUAUAAAAUGUUUAGCAUUUAUUCAAAAAGCGGUAUGGUACAUUUGAACUUUUUAUAUAAUUAUUAAGAUCAACACUUACGUAGUGGACCAAUUCUAUUUUAAAUUGGUUUGAAAAUUUAAAAUUAACUAUGGUAAAAUUCAGAGACAAAACUAAAGUCUCCAUAUGUCUACUUGUGUGACAUUCCGUUUGUCAGAAUUUUGCAGUUUUGUCUCUGAAAAUUACUAAAGGAGUGUAGUCUAUAGUUUACGGCAUGUACCCAUAUGUCUGUACAAUGCCAGAUGUGACGGAAGAUUGUUUCCCACAGGUAAAAUAUAUAUUUUAUUUCAAUGUAUGCAACGAUAAAACUAAAAAUGUUCAUUUAUUUAAUCGCCAAAAAAAUAUAUUUAUAAAAAUGUAGUCCUAGAAAGACUAGUCUAUUUGUAGUUAAAAUCAUUGUGCUACAUAUGUCUAUAAUUGUAACUUGUAAUUAAAAAAGUAAGUUUUGUUUAAGGUUUGUAUUAAAGAUAUAUUUCUAAUAAAUUAAGUUUAUGUUAUCAAAAUAUAUUUUUUUAUUAAUUGAGCUUGUUGCGUUUGUAACUAAUAGCUAUUGUAAUUAGAAAUUAUAUCUAGUUUGCUUAAAUGCCAAUAAAAUAUCGAGUAUAA